UAUUGUUAUUAUUAUCACACCCCCUGUCAUAACAGUUUUAUCAAUAAAAAAACUUAUUACAAUAUCCUUAUCAAAUUUUCAAGUAUAAUGAUAUUAUUAUUAUUUUAUAAAUUUAAAAUCCCUAUAAACUAUAAAGUAUUAAAUAUUAAUUCAAACUAUAAUUUAUUAUUUUAUUAAAAAGUUUUCAAUUAUUAUAAUAAUUAUAGGAUUUUAUUUUUAAGUUUUAAUAUUACAUGUAAAAUUAGUAUUUAAAUUCAGCAGUUUGCAAUUUUAAAAUACGCAUACAUAAUAAUUAUUAGAUAUGACUGAUUCUAUAAACAAAGAACUUGUUAAACAAGUACAAUUAUCUCUAUCUAAAUAUAUUAAUAAGCCACAGCUAACAGAAAAACUGCUAAAUAAACCGCCAUUCAAAUUUCUUCAUGAUAUCGUAACAAAUGUCAUCCAGAGCACUGGUUAUUUAACAGGUGUUUUUACUGAUGAAGAAAUGAUAUCUACAAAUGUUACUACAAAAGAAACUAAGAUCAAAUUUUUAGAAAAACUUAUAACUGCCAUCCAAUCAACAACAAAUAAAACAAUUUCAGCAAGACCCUCUAAAAUUGUUGCAGGACUUGAAGUAACAAAGACUUUGGAGUUACUAACAGCAAUUGUUUUUGGAAUAGAAACAAAAAAUAAAGAAGUUAAGGAACAAAAUUCUACUAAUACAAAAACUAAAAAACCAGAAACUACAAAAAUUAAUCAAAAUAAAACAAAACUGUUAGAAAAAACCAAAUCAAUAGAAAAAAAAGUUAAAGAAAAUAUUGAUCAUGAUUCCCAAAAAAAAAUACAAAAAUCUGAUAGUAUGGAAUCAUCAGUAGUUAAAAACAAUGAAUCCAUUAUUAUAGAGAUGGAUACAACAACAAAAUCUGUUGGAGAAUUCACUAUAAAACCAGUUGAUGAAGAAAUAAAGAGUAUUGUGGAUAGUUCUGUUAAAACUGAAGAACUCAAUGAAAACAAAUUACAAUCAACAUUCAAAUCUAAAUUAGAAAAAACUAACUCAGAAGAGAAUUCACUUCGGAAAUUAAGUGAAACGCAUGAUAUUAGUAAACCAUUAAGACCCAAAAGCUCAAGACCACCAGCACCAAAUCGUCGUCCUCAAUCAAAUACAUAUGCAGAGAUUCCCAAACAUUCAGACAAUUUUUUUUCAAAAAACGAUGAUAAAAUAAAUGACAUUGAUGAUAAUAUUGUUACAAUUGAAGUACUAAACGAUAAUAAGUCAAAUUAUGAUUCUUAUACCCAGGAAGAUGGACAAGGGCAUCUUGUAUCACAAAUACUUCAAACACAAAUAGAAUUUAAUACUAAAAAAAAGACAGACUCUUCAAAAAUAGAAUGGGAAGGAAAAAGUGCUAAAGAUCAAGAGAUGUUAACUAAAGAAAUGGAUACAAUCAGGCAAUUCAUUCAAGACAUAACAAAAUCUGCAAAUCCAUUGAGUAAACUUAUCAACAAUAUGCAAGAAAAUAUUGACCAAAUGAAUCGAGAAUUGAACUACUGGAAAAAUUUUACUGAAAAAACUAAUGAAAAACUUGAUAUACAACAGCGAAUAGCUGAAGAAAAAAUUAAGCCAAUGGUUAUCUUAUUGGAAAAACUGACUACUGAAGUUAAAGAUGAAUUGGAAAUGAUGGAUUACUGUAAAGCAAACAUUAUGAAAAACAAAUCUCAUAUUAACUAUUUAGUUUCAGAAAGGUUUAUGUUAAAAAAGUAAUUAAAUACAAUUGUUUUUUUUAAGCUUAGGGAAUAUUAAAUUUAUGGCUUUAUUGUUA